AUGACAUCGAUAGCAGCUGGUUUACACCCGUGGUCGACAUCGUCUAGCGGCAGUGUAAACAGUGUGUGUAAUGAGGACAUCGAAAACGUUAAAGAUUUCGAUGAGGUAUUCGACUUAUCUGAAAUAAUGGGGGUCGACAUGGGAGGCCUUGACGAGAUCGAUGACAUGAAGGAGCGAUUACAAAUGCACCUCCGGAAGAACGAAAGCGGAAACAUCAAAACAGUUAUCACAGAAUCCAUGGUUGAUACCCACAAAGAAGACUGCCGGAAGAGGGAUAAGAUCAGACAAGUCCUCGGUGAUUGUCGUCGUACCUUAUCCGCAUUCGAACGCCCCGAACAGCCCGGCAGAAAAGGCAAACGAGGUAGUCAUGCAAUCGAGGAUCUGUUGAAGGUAGAGGGCGCUGCAAAAGGAUUCGAAAUAGACUUCAAAGAAAAAAUCAGCUCUUUAGAGAAGGGAGAAUGUGUCAUUGUCGUAUCGGGUGAAACAUCAGCUGGGAAAUCAAGCGUGCUUAACCUCUUAUUUGAGAAAGAUGUACUUCCGGUUCAUCACAACAGCUGUACUUCCGUAAUAACAAGAAUAUCAUAUGGAGACAGUUAUCUCUCUACAGUUAUCAUGAAUUCUGGAGAAGUGAAAACUUUUACUGACCCAGAUCGGAUUAAAGAGGAUUUAUGGGAAAUGAUAUAUGUAAAAGACGAAGCAGGUCGAGAUAUGGUUUCCGAUAUCAAAGAAGUAAACAUGAAAAUACCUGCACCUAUCCUUCAGUGUGGAGUGGUAUUUGUGGACUCGCCUGGGAUAGGCGAAAACGAGGCCAUGGACAGCGUCAUCGCUGAUUACGUGGAGGCGAAUGAGAUUAAUGGAUUUAUGUAUGUAAUCAAGUCCGAUAACUCAGGGGGCGUUGAAGAGGACAGACUGAUCAGCCUAGUCAAACUCAUAUUGGAAAAACAGAACAAGAAAGCGGAGGAGGGAAUGAUGCCUUUCAACCCAGAAAGUGCCAUCUUUGUUUGUAAUCGAUGGGACCUUGUAACGAGGGAUUCGAGCGGGCUAGUGUACAAUAAUGCUGUAUCGUUACUUCGGGACUGCUGGCCCGGGCUUGAAGAAGAACAGAUUAUACGUUUUUCGACUUUUCGUGCCGAGAUGGAGCAGAAACUAGACAAGGAUUACGUCACUAAUGAGUACAAGUUUCUACUGGAGAAUAUCCGUUAUAUCUACACUAGGGCCGUGCAGAAACGAAUAGAGUCAACCUACCGGUGGAUCGAAAGAGUGCUUGCCCGAAGUGUUCACCAUCUGAAGACCAUGGUGAAGCGACUGGACUCUAACGAGCAGUCCAUGGAAGACAAGAUGGUCCAUACUUACGAAAAAUUAAACCAUCUCAAACAAAACUCAAGUGCAGUACUCGCUGAACUCAAAGUGAAAGUUCAUGAGAAGUAUAGCAUGCUUUGUGAUGAGUUCCGAACAGAAUUUAAAAAGCAUGGCACACGGGUUGCAUUGACACAAUGGAUAAAGUCCGAGACACCAGAAGUUGAAGACGGUCAAACAUGGAAUGAUAUUAAGGAGGAAAUAAACGUAAGGAUCUCAAAAAGGAUUAGCGAUGAAAUGAUCCGAUGGGAAAAAGAGACAGGAAAUUUCCAAUCCAUGGAAGAUAUGGUUGUCAACGAUAUUAAAAUACAGUUAAGGUUCCUACAAUAUGAGCUUGAAGCUAUUGAAAGUGAAAUUCAAGACAACGAAUCAGUUUCACCGGAUAUAAUGUACACAGGACGCAGGCGCUUAACCUUAGGGAACACCCAACAGGUGUUCAAGGUCAGCCUCGAUAAUAAAACGCAAGAUAUUCAUAUGCCCGUGAGACUUGCAUCCAGAAUUGCACCGCCGGUCACUUCCUUCAUGGAGAAGGUGAGAAAAUCUGUGCUUUGGGAUCCAACUGAGAAAAAAAUACAAAUAUACCAGAAUGACCCGUGUAAAGUCAUGAAACAACGAACUGAAAAGUUAUUGAACCUCCUGGUAAGCCACGGCAAAAACGACGAAACGCUCUUUCAGUAUAUCAGAAGCUGGAUGAACAGACCAGUCUUGUACCUGGAACUGAUAGAGAAAAAUAUCCCCGCACUUAUUGAUGCAAAUGAGCAGCUCUUGGAUCACGUGGCCAUGUGCCGCGUGGAUGCUAAAGAAUCACGUGCUUUGUAUGAGAAAAUGAUGGAAGGACUUGAAAAUCUGAAAGUCCAUCUCACGCAAUAUGGCCAAGGACAUAUCUUCGUGGACGAUUUCAUGAAUGACCAAAUACGUGUUCGUGAGGACAUCAAUAUCGGCACAACAGCCACUUUGAAUGUGUCCGACAUGAUCCUGAAUACUUCGUCUUACCGGGAAGCUAACAGGAGAUCACUACCGCGGGGACUUUGGACUGCCCUACAGUGCGCUUUCCUGAAACGAGACAGACAAGAUCUUUCAGUGACCAUCAAGAUUUACCUACAGUCGGCUGGCGUAGAACAAACAUUCCCUGAGGUUUCCAAACUCAGAUUUUUAGAACAUGAUUCCGUGGCGAAGUUUUUGGGGGUACACCACUCCGAUUCGCCUUCUCCGGCAUUUGUGUAUGACAAUCAUCUCAAAUCUGUGAAGCGAUACCUAAGGUCUACGCUAGCUAACAUCCGAGAAGAGACGGAGAGAAUAGUGUACCAGACGGCUUCCGGUCUCGAAUAUCUCCACCGGAAAAACUUAGUACAUAUGGAGCUCAACACUCAGACAAUAACGGUUGAUCCCGACGGUAUGGUGAAGCUGACUGGUGGUUGUUUACCGCGGUGUGCGUCAUUUCCGUUGGACAAAGAGAAGGUGCAGGUGGGUGACUUCGUGUAUUUGUCACCUUCAGUGCUGCGAGGAGAACUUUACAUCUCUGUAUCUGAUGUUUACUCUUUUGGACUCUUCCUGUUGGAAGUUGUUGCAGGAGUAACUGCAUAUGAAGAAUUCCGGAAGUACCCUCUGGAUCAGUUUACUACAAUAGUAAAUCCGACAGUUAUGUUAGAUUUGGAAAAUUCACUAUCAAAAUUGAGUGUUGCAACAAAGGAUCUCAUCUGUCGGUGUUUGGAUUCGUCAAAGGAUAAACGGCCCGGAAUGUCUGACAUUAUCGAUCUUGUGUCUACUUUAGGAAAUGAUGUGAAUGUUGUUUCCAACAAAUCGAGGCGGCAUAGAGCGCCAGUAAACAGAAACAAACGUUGUUCUAUAGAUACGACUAUGUCCUGA